AUGGAAGACUCCUCACAAGCAUCUCCGCGUUCACUGACAUCAAAUGUGUCCCCUGGGAAAUUUCCUUUGUUUCCUCACAAGGUUUUUAGUCCCACCCAAAAAGCGCACCAAAAGCGAUUUUUCCAGCAUCGUCUCACAAAAUUGGAGACGAUGUUUAUCGAUCAUUUACCGAUAAUUCCCAAGUCUUCACAUUUUCGACGAGAAAGUGAAAAUUUAGCACUUUCAAGGCUGAAAAAUAAGCAAACCCCUGAUAUAAAGAAUACAUCUUUUUCAGACGAAUUGAAGAUUGCAUUAAAACACAUAUAGAAGUUUCUUUUCAAUAGCGCGAUAAGGCGCAUUCCUAGGUUUUACCGGAUGAUCUUAAACAUAUGAAAACUUGCUAUUCUUUAUUCAUGGGGGAGAAAAAAUAGCCUAAAUAAAGAAGUCUGCCUGAUCAAUCUCGAGAACUUGAAGAGAGGCUGUGCGAAAAAUUGACAUUUUGGUUUCGUCAAAUGAAUCUGACGAGCCAAUUCUGGCCAGUACUUGAAAUGAAAAAUGGUAGUUGCCAGAAUUUAUUAAUUUUUUGAUGGCGAGUAUGAUCAGAAUUUUAAUAAAUGGCACAGGAUCAGACAACUUAUUCCUUUCAAACCGAUCUAAUAAUUCCUUUGGUAAUAAUUACAACUGCUUUAUAAAAGUCAAAGUUUGUGCUAAGCGCUUAUUGUUCUUUACGAAAUUACUAAUGACUCAUAUGGUUUUCGUUAGAAAAUUAAAAUGGAGUUAAUAAUUAAAAAAUUGUUGAUCGAGUUGUGUUUUUGCGGGAGGAUAGAUUUCUAAAACAGAUGAUGCCAAUUUAAUUAUGAUCAACUGCUUUAUAAAAGCCAAAGUUUGUGCUAAGCGCUUGUUGUUCUUUACGAAGUUACUAAUGACUCAUAUGGUUUUCGUUAGAAAAUUAAAAUGGAGUUAAUAAUUAAAAACUUGUUGAUCGAGUUGUGCUUUUGCGGAAGGAUAGAUUUCUAAAUAAAUGAUGCCAUUUAAUUAUAAUUAACUGCUUUAUAAAAGCCAAAGUUUGUGCUAAGCGCUCGUUGCUCUUUACGAAGUUACUAAUGACUCAUAUGGUUUCGUUAGAAAAUUAAAAUGGAGUUAAUAAUUAAAAACUUGUUGAUCGAGUUGUGCUUUUGCGGAAGGAUAGAUUUCUAAACAAAUGAUGCCAAUUUAAUUAUGAAUAACUGCUUUAUAAAAGCCAAAGUUCGUGCUAAGCGCUUGUGGCUCUUUUCGAACUUACUAAUGACUCAUAUGGUUUUCGUUAGAAAAUUAAAAUGGAGUUAAUAAUUAAAAACUUGUUGAUCGAGUUGUUUUUUGCGGAAGGAUAGAUUUCUAAAUAAAUGAUGCCAAUUUAAUUAUGAAUAACUGCUUUAUAAAAGCCAAAGUUCGUGCUAAGCGCUCGUUGCUCGUUGCUCUUUACGAACUUUACUAAUGAUAUUAAAAUUUUAUUCUUAUAAUAUUUUUAAAUUUUUUUCAAAUGUUAAAAAAAUAAAUUUUUAAAAUAAUUAUAUCAAUAUAAAUAAAUUUUUUAUAAAAAAUUUUUAUAAAAUAAAAUAUAAAUUUUUCAAAAUUUAUUAUAUCUUUUAUAAAAUGGGACUUUAAUUUUAACAAUAUUUUUUAAGUGGGCUGUCUGAUCCUGUGCCAUUUAUUAAAAUUCUGAUCAUACUUGCCAUCAGAAAAUUGAUAAAAUUCUGGCAACUAUCAUUUAUAAUUUCAAGUACCGGCCAGAAUUGGCUCGCCAGAUCCAUUUGACGAACCAAAAGUGUAAAUUUGCAAAUAGCCUCUCUUUAAGUUCUCGAGAUUGAUCAGCCAGAACUCUUUAUUUUCACUGUAUGACUCUCUUACAAAGAAGGAACAUCAAAUUUUCAUGUUCCAAAGACGUUUUAGUCAAACCAGGAAGCACGCCUUAUCGCGCUAUUGAAGAGAAAGUUCUAUAUCAGUUUCCCCAACGAAAGAAAGGAAACAUGAAAAGAAAUUAACAUACCCCAAAAUUCAGAUCAGGUUUAGGAGUAUUGAAGAUACCGAAAUCAGUAACUUCAUUCAAGCUAUGUUUACAAAUGAGCCUACACCUUUUAGAAAAUCUGAAUUAACGGUGGAACCAGAAUCAAUUGAUAUUCGUGCCGCAGAAAAGUUGCUUCAAGAAGCCAAUAAAAUCGUGAAAAAUGGAAUCAAGAAAAAGCAAGUCUCACAAGAAAUCGGCGGAGCUAUUGAGGAGUUCUGAAAAAGCAAUAUAAGUAGAAAUGAGUUUGUAAGAUGGGAUUUAUUUGAAGAAAGUUUUAUUUGUUUCCUCGAAACUUAUAUGGUCUGCGAUAUGGCCACAUUAAGAAAAGUCAAUUGAAAAAAGCUAUUACAAAAAAUAUAUGGAAAUUUAGGCAAAAAAUCAGAUAAUUUUUCACUUUGGCCAAAAUCAAUAACUAUAGAAAAUCCUAUUGUUUAUGAAGAAAAACUUGUUUGGCUAACAGAUUGAAUCAAUUAUAUACAAGCUGGAGAAUUACUGGAAGCAAUAAAAUCAUCACUUGAAGAUACACCCACGUAUAUUUCUAAUAUUAGAAAAGGUGAAACUUAUAAGUUCGCUUGUGGGAGCAUAUAUAAAGGGGAAUGGAGAGAAGGCAAACGUGAAGGCUCAGGAAAUUUCAUGUUUGCAUCUGGUGAAAGCUACCAAGGAAACUUCGUAAGAGGACUGAGAGAAGAUUAUGGCACUUUUAAAGGCCAUAGAUAUCUAUAUAAAGGAGAGUUCAAAAAAGAUAGGUUUCAUGGGUAUGGAAAAAUAAAAUUCCCAGAUGAUUCCACUUUUGAAGGAUUGUGAAAUAAAGGAAAAAUGAAAAAUGGGACUUAUAAUUGGAACUCUGGAUGGGUUUAUAAAGGAGAAAUGCUGAAUAAUAAGUUCGAUGGGACCGGAAAAUUGAUUUUUCCUGAUGGAAGCAAGCAUAAGGGAACAUGAAAAAGUGGGAAAUUGUGUGGAGAAGGGAAAAUCACGAAUAAUGAAGGGCUGGUUAUUAAAGGGGUUUUUAAUGAAGGCCAAAUACAAGGAGAAGGGAUGCUGGAGUGCAGAGAUUAUAAGUAUAAUGGAGAAAUUAAAAAUUUAUUGCCGCAUGGAACUGGAAUAAUAGAAUGGAUAAAUGGAAGUAUAAUAAUAAAAUGGCGGCGCCCGAAUAAGUUGUCUCCAAGAACUUUUUAUUAUUUAGGGUUAACCUUUAUCCAGCUACGUCGGAUACCCUGGCAUAUAGGUUAGGACCCCGGGAGAUAUAGGGUUUGUCUACCUGUUUCUCUCCAGGAGGGAGACUCCUAAGAAAUUCGCACAAUGGAGGGGGGUAACAGCAAGAUCAACGCAUCCCCGCAAAGACUUUUGGCUGGUUGCGUCAUUUGAUAUGAUAGUCAUGAUUUAUACAAUAUAAAGGGCGACGAAUGGUAUGACUCAUGACGUCACUGGCUUGGAGUUAAGGGCUAGCCUAGGCAUGCAAAAAUUAUAUUUCUGAAGAGAGGAACGCUUAAAAUUCAAUAAUAAAAAAGUAAGAAUGAAUAAAUGGAAAUGAAUACUCAGGGAAGUUUUUUGAAGGAAAAAUGCAUGGAGAAGGAUGUUUGAAAGAAAAUACUGGAGACACAUAUACAGGGACGUUUAAUAUGAAUAUAAAGCAUGAGCGUGGAAAAAUAAAAUUCGCUGAUGGAGGGGUUUAUGAAGGAGAAAUUUCUAAUGGAGAGUUUCAUGGGAAAGGAGUUCUUUAUUAUCCAGAAGGCCAUGAAUAUAAAAAAUAUGAAGGGCUUUUUGAGGAUGGAGUGUUCCAUAAAGAAGGAAUUUUGGAAUAUAGUAAUGGAUCAAUUUAUAGAGGUGAAUGAGAAAUGGGAGAGAAAAAUGGAAAAGGAAUUUUCAAAACAAGUGAAUUUAUAUAUGAAGGAGGGUUUUAUGAGGGAAAAUUUAAUGGCUUUGGAGAGUAUCGAAAUGGGAAAGCUUUUUGUUUAGGUAAAAAACCAGGAACUUGAAUUAAUGGAGUUCCUGAUGGAAGGGCAGAAGUAAAAGACUGGGAUGGGAAUCUCUAUGUAGGAAUUUUUAAUAGGGGAGAGCCAGCCAACAGGCAUAAACUUGAAUCUGCUUUUCUUAAAACAAUAUGUUCCAAUUCAAAAUAA